ACAGUCGUCGUAGUAAACAAAUGUAUAUCUAAGAAAAUAAUGUAGGACUCUGGUCUGGCGCUACUGCUUCAGUUUCUUUCUUCCCUUCUGUUUUGCGUGAGUAGUGUCUGAUAAACCAUAAAUAGUCCUAACCAAUUCUCUCCUCUCCUCUCCUCCCUGGAAGUCCUCGACACUCAUUGGGUGGGCUUCCUUCCUUCCGCUGAUCCCAAUUCAAUACCAAUUUCCGGGUUUGCAGCUUUUGACUUGAAGCCCCCUUCUACCUCCCUUUCUUUCACCAAUGCAGCUUUGAUUCAUUUCAAACGUUGAAGCCUCGCCACUCGCGGGCCAUCACUCACCGCAUUCUCCUUGCCUUAACACAUUCAGAGAGACACAGAGAGAGAGAGAGGGAGAGAGAAGAGAUCAAGAAGAAGGUGAAAGGCAAUAGAAGAAAAAUGAUGUUGAUGAGGAAAAGACUCGUUUGCUGUACCAGGGACAGAGAGAUUAGCCUCGAUUUUGAUGAGCAAGACAGGAUAAUGACAUAUAAUGGCCUUGAGAGCUGCAUUCUCAACAAUGAGUCUUAUGAAAAUGAAAGCAGAACGAGCAGAGGAGAUGGAUGUGCCUCUGACUCCUUGGAUGAUGAUUUCUCAAGCUGUUCUUCUAGCAAAGAUGCUUUUGGAUCAUUUUCUUCCAAGUGGAUGACAAUGAAGAGAGAUGAACAGGGCUCAGAUGAGUGGGAGCUCUCAGAAAGCCCCAAAAAAUUUUAUGCCAAAGAGAAACCUGCUUAUGCCAUUCAAUUUUCAGAUAUCGAGAUAAUGAAAGAAAAAUUUUCAAAGCUUUUGUUAGGGGAAGAUAUUACAGGUGGACGGAAGGGUGUUUCCACCGCUUUAGCAUUGUCAAAUGCCAUAACAAAUCUCGCAGCCUCUGUUUUUGGGGAGUUGUGGAAAUUGGAGCCACUGGCUGAAGAAAGGAAAAAUAAAUGGCGAAGAGAAAUGGACUGGUUACUCUCUCCUACCAACUAUAUGGUGGAGUUAGUACCUGCUAAGCAAAGUGGUGCCAAUGGCAGGACUAUGGAGAUAAUGACACCAAAAGCCCGUGCAGACAUUCACAUGAAUCUCCCAGCACUUCAAAAGUUGGACUCUAUGCUUAUUGAAACACUGGAAUCAAUGGUGAAUACUGAGUUUUGGUAUGCAGAAGUUGGCAGUCGGGCAGAAGGAAGAAACAAGAGUGCAAAGGAGAGCAAGAGGUGGUGGCUCCCAUUGCCACAAGUACCAAAAACAGGGCUCUCAGACACUGAAAGGAAGAAGUUGCAAUGUAAGGGGAAGGUGGUACAUCAAGUAUUCAAGGCUGCGAAAUCAAUCAAUGAAAAUGUUUUGCUUGAAAUGCCUGUUCCGUCCAUUAUUAGGGAUGCGCUUCCCAAGUCUGCAAAGGCAAACCUCAGUGACGACCUUUACAAGGUUUUGACUAUGGAGUCCAGCUCAGUUGAGGACAUGUUCAUUUCACUCAAUUUAAAAUCUGAACACAAUGCCCUUGAGCCCAUUAAUAGGUUGGAAGCUGCUGUAUUUGCAUGGAAAGAGAGAAUUGCAGAACAAGCUAGUGGUAAAUCCCCAGUGCGAACGUCAUGGUCCUUCAUUAAGGACCCAAUAUCUGAGAUGGAUAAGAUGGAGUUACUGCUGGACCGAGCAGAAGCACUUGUACAGCAGAUAAAGAGUACAUACCCAAAUCUUCCUCAAACAUUUCUUGAUGCUACAAAAAUUCAAUAUGGCAAGGAUGUUGGGCAUUCCAUCCUGGAAGCGUAUUCGCGUGUCCUCAGAAACUUGGCUUUCAGCAUAAUGUCUAGAAUUGGAGAAAUUCUGCAAGAAGAUACUUUGAGCAACCCCAAUUCACCCGUGGCAACAUUGUGCUUUCCUGGAAUGAACAUGAAGGGGAAUUUGCAAACUCCAGCCUGUGGUCCGCGUGCAAGGCAGUCUCUCAUCGACCAGAUGAACAGGGCAGAUGGGAAGUACUGUGACUCUGAUUCAAGCAGCUAUUCUGAGAGGGAGGUCUCGUACAAUGAAGCUAGAAGAAGCUGUGUAAAUGCAACGCCAAGUAGAAGUCGAGUUUGGUGUAUUGGUAAAGAGGCUUGUAUAGGAGUGUCUCCUAGAAAUUCCCCUUGAUAUGGAAGUGUGAUUCUCAACAGAGCUUUUGUAAAUAAUCUUCCCUCCUUUAAGCUUAAUCGAAAUACUAUUAAGUUUUGGUCUCCC